AAUGAGCACACAGCAAAUUUUUCUUGAACUUAAUUUCAGACUCUAUGCAAGUUAUCUGAAUGGAAAUAAUCCUUACCAAUCGCAUUUCAUGGCACAAAAGAUGUGACAGUUAUUCCUGUAAUGACAGCACUUGAUAAGACAAAUCAAAAUGGGAAAACUGCAAUCGAAACAUGCUUGUAAACGAAGAGAAAACCCAGAGGGAGGCGCUUUCAAAGAGGCUGUUGACCGUAAUGAAGUCGACAGAAACGGAAAUAAGCAGGAUCUGUGUGGGAAAGAUCAAAAAGAUCAUCAGUUAGAUCAUUAUUAUGCACUGGAAGUAACACUGCCAAAUGAGAGAGGAAUGGAGGAUCACAAAACUUUCCUUUCUUCUACCAAAAAUGAAAGACAACAUCCACUCAAAGUUACGAGGAUAAAAGGAAGAAGCGAUGAUGUGGAGUUUAAUGCAUCUCUCAUGGAUGACAACUUUAACGAGUGGGUAAUUACACUGUACGAUUUUGACAACAAUGGCAAAGUAACCAAAGAGAAUAUGUUAAGCUUGAUGCGUACGAUCUAUGAGUUGCUUGAGACUUCUGUCAGACAGUUGGUGCUUAGCAAUGGCACAACCCUGCGUGUGAAGCUAAGUGUCACCCCAUUACCCAAAGGCAACAGAAAAGAUCAGGACAAUAAAACGUUCAGGAGAGAAAGAGAUCAAAUGGAAGAUGGGCUACGGUGUACAGAGAGUCAACAUACUCAGAUCAGAGGACAAAGCUCAGGUCAUUCAAGUGUUUCAGAGAAAAAGCACUACUCUGUAGAUGAAAACACAGAACGUAGGAACCACUAUCUGGAUCUGGCUGGGAUUGAGAACUACACCUCUCGUUUUGAAGCUGAACCAUCUGCGGAGGAUCAACUUCAGGACAUCCCAUCCCGUGGCCAUCAGCGUCGCUCUCAUAUCGAGACCUGCAGUCCUGUGGAGUCUUCCGGGAGGUCUGUUUCUUUCCUCAGGUCCCUCCGGAGCCGCAGCAAGUCUGUUGGUGGAAGCGGAGGAACAGCCAAACCCAGCAAACUCCAUGGACAUCACCCUGUAACCUGGUGCCACCCAUCACAGCAGCAGCAGCAACCUCAGCAGCACAGCUCCAGCAAACGCAUCCGCGCCAGGACCCGCGAGACCACCACACCGUUUAGAACCAGUCAUGGUCCGGAGAUACACACUGGACAACCUGUCCUUUUUGGGGGCUUUAAGCCUGUUCCUCAAAGACAUGAGCACCAUCAUCACCAUGAACAUCACCACCAUCAUCAUCAUUACCACCCAGCAUAACAGGUCUGAAAACCGCCAUGCGUCACAAUCAAGUGAC